AUGGAAAGACUGACAACUAGGGGACCCCCUGACCAUCCUCACCAGGGGGAGGCCUCUGCCUGCUGGAGGCUCACUGUGAGGGUCCUGGAGGCACGGAACCUGGGCUGGACUGACUUGUUGAGUGAGGCAGACCCCUAUGUGACCCUAGAGCUGCCAACUGUCCCUGGAACAAAGUUCAAGACCAAAACAAUCACCAACUCCUGUCAUCCUGUAUGGAAUGAGACCUUCAGUUUCCUAAUCCAGAAUCAGGUCAAGAAUGUUCUGGAGCUAAAUGUCUAUGAUGAGGACUCAGUCACGGAGGACGAUGCCUGCUUCAAGGUUCUCUAUGACAUCUCAGAAGUCCUCCCAGGCCAGCUGCUCCGGAAGACCUUCUCCCUGCGUCCCCAGGGACAGGAGGAGCUGGACGUGGAGUUCAAGCUGGAAAAAACGUCGGACUCUCCAGAAAACCUCAUCACCAACAACGUCCUUGUGGCCCGAGAGCUGUCCUGCCUGGAUGUCUGUCUGGACCGUGCUGGGAGCACCACCACGGUCACGGACCAGGACAAGCUGGAGCUGGAGCUGGUGCUAAAGGGGUCCUAUGAAGACACGCAGACAUCGGUGCUGGGUCCAGCCUCUGCCUUCCGCUUCCAUUACAUGGCAGCCCAGGAGGGAAAACUGAGUGCUCGUGUGAGGAGCUCUUCAAGUAACAGCUGGAGUUCAGACGAGUCAGCUGGGCAUCUCACUGUGCCCCUGAGGUCCUUGGCCGUAGGAAAGGAGGUGACCUUUCACGUUCCUACUACAAAUACCUCAGGAGUGAGGCUGCAGCUCAAGACUGAGAGCUGCCCUAAGGAGCUGGAUGUGCACCUGGGCUUCGAUCUGUGUGCAGAGGAGAAAGCCUUCCUGAGCAGGAGGAAGCAGGUGGUGGCCAAGGCUCUCAAGCAUAUCCUGCAGCUGGACAGAGACCUACAGGAAGAUGAGGUCCCCAUUGUGGGCAUUAUGGCCACAGGAGGAGGUGCUCGGGCCAUGACCGCUCUCUACGGCCACCUGUUGGCCCUGCAGAAGCUGGGCCUCCUGGACUGUGUCACCUACAUCAGUGGCAUCUCGGGUUCUACAUGGACAAUGGCCCACCUCUACGGGGACCCCGAGUGGUCACAGAAGGACCUUGAAGGACCCAUCAAAUAUGCCAGGGAGCACCUGGUCAAGAGCAAGAUGGAGGUCUUCUCUCCGGAGCGCCUAACGAGCUACCACCAGGAGCUGGAGCUGCGGGCGCAGCAAGGCUACCCCACGACUUUUGUGGACCUGUGGGCUCUCGUGCUGGAGUCCAUGCUGCACAACCAGGUGAUGGACCAGAAGCUGUCGGAACAGAAAACAGGACUGGAGCAGGGCCAGAACCCUCUGCCCCUCUACUUGAGCCUCAAUGUCAAAGAGAACAAUCUGGAGACCUUCGACUUCAAGGAGUGGGUGGAGUUUUCCCCCUAUGAAGUUGGGUUCCUGAAGUAUGGAGCCUUUGUCCCCAGUGAACUCUUCGGCUCCAAGUUCUUCAUGGGGCAGCUGAUGAGGAAGCUCCCUGAGUCCCGGAUCUGCUUUCUGGAAGGUAUCUGGAGCAAUAUUUUGUCCCUGAACUUGCUGGAUGUCUGGUAUGACCUCCUCAGCUCUGAGGACACCCGGAAGCAGCACCUCAAGGACAAGAUCAGGAACCUGGAGGAGUCUCCUGCCUCCUUGAAGACCUCCUCGUGGCUGGAGGCCUCAUGGCUGCAACCCGGGACGGCACUGGCCAAGGCGUUUAAGGGCUUACUGACGGGCAGGCCUUUCCACCAGCACAGCUGCAACUUCCUCCGGGGCCUCCAGCUGCACCAGAACUACUAUAGCCAGAAAGACUUCUCCACCUGGGCAGACUGCCCGCUAGACUCCACUGCUAGCCAGCUAACCCCUCAGGAGCCCCAGCUCUGCCUGGUAGAUGCCGGCUACUUCCUCAACACCAGCUGUCCCUCCAUGUUCCGGCCAGGCCGCAGGCUGGACCUCAUUCUCUCCUUCGACUACUCCCUACCCUCGUCCUUUGAGGCACUGCAGCAGACUGAGGUGUACUGCAGGGCCCGGGGACUGCCAUUCCCUCGGGUGGAGCCCAGCUCUCAGGACCAACACCAGCCACCAGAGUGCCACCUCUUCUCAGACCCCUCCUGCCCUGAUGCCCCGCUCCUGCUGCACUUCCCUCUGGUCAACGCCUCCUUCAGGGACCACUCAGCCCCUGGUGUCCAGCGCAGCCCUGCAGAGCUCCCAGUGGGCCAGGUGGAUCUCACUGGGACCAACUCGCCCUACUCCCUGUUCAACAUGACCUACAAGGAGGAAGACUUUGAUCGCCUGCUGCAACUUAGUGACUAUAACGUGCGGAACAGCCAGGGUGCCAUUUUGCAGGCCUUGAGGACUGCCAUGAAGCACCGAGCCCUGGGGGCCAGGCCUCGAGCAGCGCAGAAUUGAGGCGGCUCAGGGACCCCAACUCUCUGACGACCCUCCAGGGCCUGGGGGUUUAACCCAAGCACUGCUGGGUAGGACCACCGCUCUCGCUGGGCUGUCCACCCCUGGGCUGCCUCUGCAGCAGUUCUCUCGGCCCAGAAGGG